GUCUCAAGUCUUGAUUUACCGAGCUGCCUGAGAUAAUGCUUUCGUCUUUGCUCCGUGAGAAGCCCAUCUAAAGUCACAACUGCAGAGAAACCAUUUCAGCCCUCAGCAUGGCCAGCAACGAUCCCCCGUCGCCAGUCUCACCACUGAAAGCGUCCGACGGGCCCCCAGAAUCUCCAACUACUGCUCGGCCCCUGGAUUUCGACAGCGACCAAGAAACUGGCGUCAUCGAGACGAGUACCGCAUCCAAGACAGAGUUGCCAUCGCAGCCUAAACCCCCUCCCAAAGACGACGUUGCUCCACCAAAACCCCCGCGACCUAUGUCUCCGCGAGAGCAGGCAGAGCUCACAUUGAAGGAAGCUUUUCCUACGAUCGAAACGGGCGUCAUUCGCGCAGUCCUCACCGCGAGCCGAGGAGAGAUAGAACCUGCGUUCAAUGCCCUCCUCGGGAUGACAGACCCUGAAUCUCAGCGAGAACCAGAGCCCUUGCCCCCAGCCAAACCUCCACGUCCCGCUCGGCAGCAAUCUCCCACGUCUACGAAGCUUAGCCAACUAGAAGCAGAUGAGCUCUACGCCAGACAACUGGCUGAAGAAUACAGUGGCGGUGCCGGCGUCGAUAGACAGCAACCGAGGCGUCGGGAUUCGGGCGGAAGAUACAAUGAAAACUUGCCAGGCUCACGGGUAGGUCGACCAGGGGCAAGCCCGAACCCUGACGACGUGCCGUGGCGGAGCUUUAUUGAUGACGAUCUUCCCGAGAUCCGUGACAAUAUCCGAAAAGGUUUCAUGGAAACGCAGAAGACCGUGAACAGCUGGAUCAGCGCUUUCAAGAAGAAGAUAGACGGUGAUGACGAUGACGCCGAGUUUACACAAGGUCAACCACCUCUCCCUGCCCGGCCGUCAGCACAAUCGCCAUUCACAGGCCGCCGGAGUGCCGAGAUGCGUCGCAGUGCAGACCUCCAACGCUACGAUGCCGAUAUGCAGCCUAUCGGCGAUGACUUUUCUAAACUAGAGCUUCGUGAUGGUGAAGCCCCGCCCCGCACAUCGAGCCGGCCCAUGGCCAAUCCGAACCUUUUCCGUUCCGCAGGUGUCCAAGGACCAGAUCGUCGACCGUCGCCAGGCACGAAUCGCAAGGUUUCCUUCCAAGAUGGCCCACCAGAGGAGAUUAGGGACAUGUAUAGCGCUUCGCCGAAGCCUGCGGCGGCGGCGACAACGAAAUCGAGCAAAUGGCAGCCCCUACAAAGUAUCGACCCAAGCCCUGUAGCGGAGAACGACCCUUUUAGCUUGGGUGACAGCGACGAGGAAAAGGAUGCCAAGGUGAUUACGUUAAAGGACGAUGAGACAGAUGUCAAGAAGGAUGAGAAGAAAGCCAAUGAUGAAGAGGGGCAGGCUAAGAAGGCCACGGAGGCUGCGACGAAGGAGACUAUUGAGGCAGAGUCAAAGUGAAUGGAUGUGGGCUUGCACGGCCGGCGGUUUGGAGAGACAUGGAAGUGAGAAGGAUAUUUCACAGAUCCCGUAUCAGAUCGAAAGGCUAAAUACCCUGUGCCAUGAUGAAAUGAUAGAAUUGACUCGAUCCGACCCCAAUCCGAUCUUAUUCAAAUGUA